AUGGCAAAGAGAAUCCAAACGAGUCUCGAAGGAUCGGAUGAACAUGAUGGUGGUUUCUUGCCCAUAGCUAACGUGGGAAGGAUCAUGAAGAAGUCAAUUCCUUCAAACGGAAAGAUAUCGAAAGAGGCAAAGGAAACCGUCAAAGAAUGUGUGUCGGAAUUUAUAAGCUUCAUCACCGGAGAAGCUUCCGACAAGUGUCGAAGAGAGAAACGAAAGACUAUCAACGCCGACGAUCUGUUGUGGGCCAUGACGACACUUGGAUUCGAGAAUUACGUCGAUCCUUUGAAGAUUUAUCUGAACAAGUAUUUAGACAAUCAUCAUCAUCAUUGUCAUGAAAAAACCACGCGCCAAGGUCAUGAUGAUGAUCUGAUCAUAGAGGAAUUAAACAGUUAUUCAACUGGUACUAUAAUUAAUUAUGAAACAUUCAACACUAAUGGGUUUCAUGAAGAUGUCAACGACCCGUUUGGUUUGGGACAUGAUCAUCUUGGGGAUCAGGGCAAUCCUAGUACUGCUCCUAAUUGGUAA